CAAAAAUUUAGUAGAGAAGAUAUUUGUUUUGAUUAGAAUUUAUAAUUGAAUAUUUUCUUUUCAUUGGAAUAGGAUUUAUUUUGAAUAUAAUUUAUUUUGCGUACCUAUAUAACGAAAUGGAGUUAAAUCAAUCAAAUUUUGAAUGGACUUUUUCAAAUAGCCCCAAUUUUAAACCUUCGAGUUUACCCAGAAUGCCUGUUAGUGACCAUCCUUUAAAAAGCAUAAUAACAGAAAGAAUUCCAACGAAAGUUUUUGGCUCAGCUCCUGGAACAGCCGUAACCACCCCAGUUUCCCUUUUAAGCAACUUAAAUCAAGAAAACGAAGACUCUGAUCCCCUUUUACAUGAGUUAGAUCCUUUAUCGAAAAUGGCUGCGGAGGCAGAAUCCCAAGAAACACCUGCGAUUAAAUCAAUUAAAGAAGCAGACAGUAAUAUUUUUCAUCAAAUGGAGCCUUGGAUAUCCAGAAGAGCAUCGAUAUUAAACAAAUAUACUACAUCAGAAAGAUUAUCAAUAGUUACAAGUUUCCUGGUCGAAGGAGAAAAGGUAAUGGUAAAAGCUCAAAGUACUGCCAUCGAUAAAGUCCAACACCGCCUAAAACAAUUAGACUCGUUUGAGGAAGGCUCUCAGCAUCGACUCGACUUAUCUCAGUCCGAGUACAUAACGAAAAUAGAGCAAUUGAAUAAGGAGUUAGUAGUAGCUUGGAAUACUGAUCAAAGAGUGAAGGCUCUGAAAAUCGCUAUUCAAUGCGCGAAACUUUUAGGAGACUCGGAAGUUCUGUCGUUUUACCCCAGCAAGUUUGUUUUGAUUACUGAUAUUUUGGAUACGUUCGGUAAGCUGGUUUACGAGAGAUUAAGAGCGAAGGCUACAUAUCUUAAGCCCGGAUCAAAAACGCCUGUACCUUUACCGGAAGAUUUCACGCCUGAUAUGGUUUCGGACUCUGCUAAGGAAACGUGUUUGAACUGGUUUUACAAAAUUGCCUCGAUUAGAGAGCUUGUACCGAGAAUAUACGUUGAGAUAGCUUUGUUAAACUCUUACAAAUUUAUAGCAAUAGAUGAAUGCUCGGAAAGUCUUCAAAGAGUGACUGAUAUGAUCCAUGGAAUUGGCAAUCCGUUGGUAGCAGUUUACGUGAGAUGUUACUUGUGUAAAGUGGGAAUUACUGUUUUAAGGCAAAAGCCGGAAUUCGGGUUUUUGAUUGCGAAUUUUGCAGCUUUCCUGGAGUCUUAUCAACAUAUUUUCAGUAGAGGCAUUAAAGGAGAAUUAGAGAAACAAAACAUGGAAUUGCCAGCCUACAUCACUCUGUACACACCAGCGUUAGAUUUUAUCUUAGAAGCAGUGAAUUGUGUUGUUAACGAAUCGUAUUUACCCAAUUUACUAAAUAUUUGUAAAAAAAAGAAAAACAGCUCGCUCAUUUUAAACACCAUAAUGUCUGGCUUCAAACCUGCGUACAUCUCCGAUAGGUGCAUGGAAUUUUUGAACAUGAUUCUAGAAAGCUCCGAUGGCGGUGUGCCCAUGUACCAUUUACUUAGGACUUUAGGCUUGUGUAUCACAGUUUGUUCACCGCCUCCUGAUCAAAGGAGAGACAUCCUAGCUAUAGUUUGGAGACAGAUAAGCUCGUUCAGCCAUCCCGAUGAGUAUAUUACUUGCGCCGAGGCCUGGAUUCGAUUCGUCGUAGAAUGCUUCACGAGUAGAGAGUUAAAUUUCGUGCUAGGAGACAUAAUCGAGCACAUGUUGCCUAACAGAAGUUUCGAAAAACACUAUUCGGAGUUGAAGCUGAUAAUAUCAAAAAUCGUCAAUCACUUCCAAGAUUUCGAGCUACUUUUGAUCAUGGACAAUUUUCUACCUCUGGUGGAUCUCUUCCACGAGGAAUCGAUAAAAGUGGAGGUGUGCAAGAACAUAUUGAUCAGUUGCAGAGGCGAUUUCAAAACGAACGAUCCCGUGAUAACGAACGCUCUGAUGUUCCUGUGCAGUACAGUGCACGAUUCGGUGAAUGCACUGACUCCCGAAGAUGAGUACAAACAAAUAGGGGAAAUUCUUUGCGGCGUCGUUCGAAGGGUCGAUUAUGGAAGGGACUUCGAAGGGCAGCUCGCCUUUUUCGUCGAGGCCAGGGCGGCCUUUUCCAACGUGGACAUCGUUUUGGCGGAAUUAGUUCAGCAAGUGAACACUUUAUCGGUUUCCACGAGGCAAAUUAUGAAAGGGACUCAUAAUAGAAAAACCGCUGAUUUUGUUCGAGCCUGUGCGGCGUAUUGUUUCAUAACAGUGCCUUCGAUUUUAUCCGAGAAAACUCGACUGGAACUUUAUUUGCUCUCGGGACAAGUAGCCUUAUUCAACCAAUGUUUAGGUCAAGCGGACGCUUGCUUCAGAGCCGCCUUGAUCGUACUGUCGAAUCUGAGCGAGGCCUCCGCUAAAUCCGAUGCUUUCCUGAUACAAUACGUUAAGAAGUACCUAUCGACUUUAGUUGUGGUGCCUGAUAACCCAGACAGGCGCGUUUUGGACCUGCUGAAAUCCUUAGUGAGCGUUUUUACGGAAUGCAGCUGGAUUAAACCCGAAUAUUUGGGAAUUAUCUACCUCAGCGUUAUCGACGUACUGACCGUUUUAGCGCAAGAGGAGUACCCUUAUCACAUCGAUAAAGUUGAAUCUAAUGAUGCUCUCUACGGUUCCGAUCCGAAAUUUAUCGAGGAAAUCAACAAGGCUUGCUCAGUGAUAGUGAAGCAAAUAUUGAUGUUGAUCGAAGAUGUCGGCCCGUGUCGGAAGCAAUCUCAAUUAGCGAGUGAAUUGUUUGUUAAAAUAACGACUAGAGGUGAUUUAAGCAGGACUGGAAUUUUGGCAAUUAAAUUGUGGAAAUUGUGCUUACAGAAUGGAUAUGCAGAUAGAAAUUUCAUGGUAAAAAUGAAAAUGUCCAUUCAAAGAAGAAGCGAAUUGAAAGAGAAUAAAAAGCUGCAGCAAUUAGUUGAUAAUUUAGUUAUAUAAAUAAUCAAAUACUUCUACAUAUUGUCGUAUGUUUAAAAAAAUGUGAUAUUUGUACAAUUUUAUAUUCAUGAUAAAAUUUCUAAUCAACAAUAAAAUAAUAUAUACUAAAACAAAGCAUCAAAUGCUAACGUUUAUUAACUUAAAAAUAUUGGUAGUUUAACAUACAAGUUAUCACAAUCAUACUAUUUAUGAAUUUUCCCAUACAAUGGAUAAACAAUAAGAUAAGGUUAAGCCAUUUCUCGUUUCUUUACUAGUGUUAGAAAAGAAAUUAACUGCUAAUUGUGAAUUACCCUAGUAAGAGCGACAUAACUCAUUUUAUUGGACAUAUCGUGAUAUCCAAUGGGCCCAGCUUCGCAGUCGGCACACGUAAGGUAUUUGUUAUUACCUACAGUAUUCGAGAAUCCCACAUUUUGAAAUGUAAACAUAUCGUUCACAGCCCAAAAUAACGAAACAUUUUCGGUCUUUGGAUUUUGGUCGUUA